AUGAAAGGAGUCUACGACGAUUGGGCUAAAGCAGCACCAUUCACCCAUCAGCCCAAAACUAUUCAUAAAGGAGGUUUCUUGACAAUAGAAGACGCAAAAGAAUCCCUCAGAGAAUAUGAAGUGCUCCAUCCAGAGCAAAUUCUAAAAAGAGCAGAAAAAGCUCCAGUACAAAUCCAAAGAACAGCCCAAGCCCAAAGGACUGGACUAAUGAAAAAUAUUCCCACAAGGGCCGAAAUAAAUGACAAGAAAAGGGUCUGCAGAUCAAACUGUAGAGAAACCUUAAAUCUGGUUCUAAAUUGGACUCUAGACAAAAGAGCAAUAUUGGGAUAUUAUCCCAUUAACAAAGAACAGCUAACAAAGCUGGUAAUCUUCCCAGAGGCUUCACCCUCUGAUACAUAUCAGUUUUUCCAAUACGGAUUAAUUGAUACAAUCCUAAUUUUUGACAAUUUAAAUAUCAUUAAAGAAUUUCCUGCAGGUUUUAUAGAUGCAGUGAAAAAAUUCAAAAAUAUGAUUGAUGCAAGAGAACCAAGGGAUAUAUCUCUAAAAUUUACAAGUAGUCAGCCAAUCUUCAAUGAUGAAGGAGAAUGUUUGAUCCCAGCAUUUCAAGUAAUUUUCAUGUCAGUCUUCCCAGGAGAUUUUCAACCAAUAGAACAAGUUCAAGAUCUAUCAAUUUAUAGCGACGAAGGAAGAUUGGCCAGUACAUUGGCAAGAGUCUUCGAGAGAGCCCAAAAAAUAAACAAAGAAUCCAGAACAAGAAUAAACUACAAAAGCAGAAACACUCUAAUUGUUUCUAGUAAGAAAAACCAAAUUGAAUCAAGAGAGAUGAGACUUCUAGUGGAUUUUGAAUCAGCAUUUUACAACUUUUCUGGAUUACUGGAAAAACUUCCUGACGGGAUAAGGAGGAAUCUAUGCCAUUUACUAAAAGACAAAGAAGACCAUAGGUGCCAGCUGUGCGCCUCAGAAAUGUCUGAAGAAAGCAACAAUGCUGAAGACCCCACCCACGUGGGAAAAGAAGAGGAUGAGACAUCUGAGUCAUCCAUCAACAUUAUUGUUGAAUGA